AUGGCAGAUGAGCCUGUAGCCGACCAGGCCUAUGAUGAGGCGAUCCCUGUCGAAACAGACGAUGAGGAGGUGAGUACUCCCGGGACCUCAGAGGCUGGGACACCCAAGGCGCCUGCAGAGCGUCCGGCCCAGGCUGCUGGUGGUCGGGAGAAAUCAGGUGCCGCAGCCAGCGAGAGUGGAGACUCCGAAAGCAGCGAGGGCUCGACCUCCGAAUCUAGCGACGAGGGAGGAGGCAAGAAGAGUGCCAACAUGCCAGCGGGAGCGUACAACCCGGAUGAGUUCAAGGGCGUGAAGGUCUCGUCUGAGAUCGAGGAGCUCUUCAACUGCAUCACGAGGUACAAGCCACACACCAUUGAGCUCGACACGGUCCUGAAGCCUUUCAUCCCGGAGCUGAUACCCAGCAUCGGAGAGGUGGAUGCCUUCUUGAAGAUGCCACGCCCUGACGGUGCCCCGAGCGGACUUGGGACGGCCUGCCUGGACGAGCCCACGCUGAAUCCCUCUGACCCGUCAAUCCUUGAUUUGCAGCUGCGGUCGUUGAGCAAGAAUCAGGACCUUCAGCCAAUGGAGGUGCGGUCCAUUGAGAAUGCUGAGAAGAACCCCAAGGAGAUCGACAACUGGGUGAAGCGCAUUGAUAGCCUGAACCGAUCGAAGCCGGCACCCACGGUGCAGUACUCCAGAAGGAUGCCCGACAUUGAGCAGCUCAUGCAAGUUUGGCCUGCGGAGUUUGAGGAAUAUCUGCAAAACAAUCCGCUCCCAGAGCUUGCAGACCUUGAGUUGGACCUGCCGAGCUACAUCCGGAUCUUUGCUUCGAUUCUAGACGUACCUGUCUACAGCCAAAUCACGGAGACGCUUCACGUUAUCUUCACAUUGUACUCUGAGUUCAAGUCCAACCAGCAUUUCUCAAAGACGGACACGGCUGGAAACUUUGGCGACCAGUACAACUUCGGGCCAGUCCCAGCGACUUUCGGGCAACCCGGCGCCGCGCAGGCGUCCACCGCGACGGCGCCCGUCUUCGGUGGUGGACCUACGACCGAGUCGAUGGCUCCCAGCAGGGCGCCUUCACCGGUGCGCCAGGGCCCACAAUGA